AUGGCUUCGUUCAACAUGAUAUCGUUAAACGCACAACAAAAAAGAGCGUUAGAAUUCGUUUCUGGGGGUCACAAUCUAGUACUGUUGGGUCCGGCAGGCACCGGUAAAUCCUUCUUGGUGAAUAGAGUUGUAGAAAUAUGUUCUACCAUGGGGAAACAAUGUGCAGUUACUGCCACAACAGGGAUUGCAUGUUCUGUGUAUCCUGCCCAACUCAAGCCAAUGACCAUACAUCGUUGGUCAGGGAUAGGUGAUGGUCGUUAUGACUCAUCUGAAAUGAAAAGAAUUGUGAAAAAUAACGUCCGUUAUAAAGACGUGAUGGACAGAAUUUUCAACACAGACGUUCUGGUCAUUGAUGAAUGCUCACUGUUUAGUAAAAGACUACUUGAAACUUUGCAUGAAGUAUGUUCUUUAAAAAAUCCACAACUUUAUUUUGGUGGGAUCCAAGUAAUACUUGUUGGUGACUUCGUGCAACUUCCACCUGUGCCUUGUGCUAGAUACAACGAGGAUGGUUCAUAUUGCUUUGAAAGUGAUAUUUACAGAGCAGCUUUCCCUCACCAUAUUAUUCUUAAAGAUGUUAUUAGACAGAAAGACAAAUUAAUGGUUGAGGCUAUCCGUGAAAUAUCUUUAGGUGAAGUUUCAAACGACACUAUCUCUUUAAUCAAGCAAUUAACACGCCCGUUAAAUGGAGAAAGCAUAAAACUUUUUGCAACUAAUGACUUGGUUGAUGAUUAUAAUCGAGACCAAAUACUGGAUUUUCCUGGACAUCUUGUUGAAUUUAAAUCAAGUGACACAGGAGAUAAAAAGUACCUCAAUGACAUGCUGGCUGCAAAAAAUUUGUGGUUAAAAAUUGGAAUUCCAGUUGUGUUAAUUAAGAAUUUAUCCGAUGUGUUAGUGAAUGGACUUAUGGGAGAAGUUUAUGAUAUCUGUGAUGACGGGAAGAUUCUGGUGGAGUUCCCAAAAAUGAAUGAGAAAAUUUAUGUUGACAGGGUCAAAUUUGAAGUUUUUGAUCCCCGGAAGAACAAAGUUGUUGCUACCCGAGAGCAGUUGCCCCUAAAGCCAGCAUAUGCUUUGACAAUACAUAAAAGUCAAGGAAUGACCCUUGAAAGAUUUACAAAAGUUAUAUUAUUGCAUGCUGAAAAUAUUAAGUGUCAUUUACAGAGUGGAAGUCGACUGCAGGAUAUUUUCAAACCGGGACAGCUUGGUGUAGCCAUUGGUAGAGCUCGUUCCUUAGAUGGACUUAGAGUUAUAAAUUUCAACAAGAAUGCCUGUAUCAAACAGCCAGAGAAAAUCCAGAGGUUUCUCACUUUAGAAGAUUCUAUUGAGACAAAGGAUGAUAGAAGCUGUUGUAACAAUUAUGCCAGGUUAGACAUGUCUAGUUUAAAUAUAUAA